AUGUCCAGUAACCUGAUGCCAGGAAAUAAAGGAACCAGUACUGAUGAAGCAAUGAGAAAGAACGCGCGACCUCUUCAUCUACCAGCCAUUGCGAAAAAUGGAGACAUAGAUAAACCAUUUAAUGAAUGGCCAACAUCUACUGUAAAUAAAACGUCAAUGAAACAUGGGACCUUUGAAGAUGAUCAGAAGCUGCCCCCUGUAAGACCCCAACGAGGGAUCAAAGCAAGAAUAAACUACCGGAAAAGAAAAGUGUCAACAGUGACAAUAAAAGAUUAUUUUGAUAAUAACAGGAAGAAUUUAGAAAAAUAUAUUAUGGAAUUUGUGACUGUUGAAGAACUGCAACAGUGGCUAAUCAGGAAAACCAUCUGUAAUAAUAUGUGCCCAAAUGACGAAAAUAAUGAAGUGGGGAAUAAAGAAAAGUUUUUGAAUACUAUAAAAUCAUUUGACAACGUUAAGGAUGAGGAGUCUGCAAUAAAGGAAAUAGCAAUUUCAGUUGGCACAGCAUUGAGUGCUGGUGCCUUUGGAGUAUAUAAACUGUUUCCCGAUGACCCGGCUGUCGUUCAAUACUAUGUGAUUGAUAAUCAGAAUACAUUGCUCCAGACAGAGGCAGAAUAUACAGAGAACGUCCUGGAAGUUGCUAAGACUGGUGCAAUCCUUCGGUUAUCCACAGACAUGGAUCGUUCAUUAACAAAUACGAAGCUGAAGCACGUAAUGUAUCAACCGAUCUUAAACGAAUCUGGACAGACUACUUACAUUGUAGAACUGUGGAGAUCCGACGCUUUUGACGAAGCAGAAGAGAAAUUAUGCUCAAACUUUAUUACUUGGAACAGUCUAGCACUGCACUAUUGUAAUUUGUACUGGGCAAAGAACCAAGAAUAUGAUAUGUACGGCUUUUUACUAGAGUCUGUGAAAUCUAUAUUUGAAGACAUCGAAUCCCUAGAUCAUGUGAUGAAGAGGGUUUUAGAAUUUGUGCAAAAAUUGGUUAAGGCAGAUCGGGCGUCCCUGUUUCUUGUUGAUAAUAAAAAAUCAGAACUGGUACCACCGUUAUUUGAUAUUGAAUAUGAACCAUGUCACCUGAGAGCUAAUGGCAAAUUUCAAGAAAUAAGAGUGCCCCUGAAAAGAGGAAUUGCUGGCCAUGUAGCACUGACGGGUAAAAAUCUUAACAUUGCUGAUGCCUACUCGGAUCCCAGAUUUAACAGUGAAGUCGAUGAACUAACUGGAUACAAAACUAAAAAUAUUCUUUGCAUGCCUAUUAAGGUGCAAGGUAAUGUAAUGGGCGUUGUUCAAAUGAUAAACAAGAGGAACAAUGCUACAUUUGACCAAAAGGACGAAAUGGCAUUUGAACGUUUUUCUACGUUUUUUGGACUAGCGUUGCAGCACGCCAAACUAUAUCAUGACAUAUUAAAACAAAAACUAAAGUAUGAAGUUGCUCUGGAAGUUCUAAGUUAUCAUAACACUUGCAAAGAUCGUGAAGUUCACGAAAUCAAUAAGGAUAUCGAGACAUUUAAUAUCAAUAUGGAUAAUUUUUAUCUGGAUCCUUAUAUGUUUGAUGAGAUCCAAAAAUGCAAAGCUGCCAUAACAAUGUUUCAUGACUUAUUUGAUUUAUCAAAUUUCAAUAGGUUAUCUGUAAUAAGAUUUAUACUUACUGUGAAAAUAAACUAUAGAAACGUGCCGUAUCAUAACUUUGAUCAUGGAUGGUCUGUUGCUCAUGCGAUGUAUGUCAUGUUGAAAAAUGAUAAUGAAAAUCGAUUCGAUUCCAAAAUGCGACAGGCUCUAUUUGUGGCUAGUUUAUGUCAUGACUUGGAUCAUCGAGGCUAUACCAAUAAAUAUCUUAACGAAACGGCAUCACCUUUAGCUACUAUGUAUACCACUUCUCCUCUUGAACACCAUCACUUCAAUAUCACUGUGAAGAUCUUACAUCAGAGUGGUCACGAUAUAUUUUCUCAUAUGGCACACGAGGAAUAUCGAGACAUUUUAAAAGAUAUUGAACAUUGUAUAUUAGCAACGGAUUUAGCAGCAUUCUUCCCAAAUAUGAAGAAAAUGAAAUCUAUAUUAGAAGUAGACAAAGUUCAACUAUUUAAUUGGCAGGAUCCGAAAAAUUGCAAACUGGCAAUGGCAAUAUCAAUGACUGCUGCUGAUCUAUCCGCAUCCACAAAACCAUGGGAUAUCCAAAUAAAAACUGUGCAAGUAAUAUUUGAAGAGUUUUACGAACAAGGUGAUAAGGAAAGGGCGGCUGGAAAAACACCUAUGCCUAUGAUGGACAGAUACAAACCUGAAGAACAAGCGACUAGUCAGGUCGGUUUCUUGGAGCAAAUAUGCGUACCGUGUUACGAAAUUCUUCGACAAAUACUUCCGAAUACAAAACCAAUGUACGAAAUGGUAGGUAAAAAUCUCGAAACGUGGAGAUCAAUCAAGACAAAUAAAAAUUUAAGUAACGUUAAGGAUAACCGGGCUCUUAAUGAUGACUUACAAACCUCUGCUGCUCAGAAUGAUUUAGAACAGAAAAGUAAUGUAAUCAAUGAAAUAAAAGUACCAAAUGAUCGAUCGUAUAAUGGCACUUUAAUUGAAAGUAAAAUAAACAAUACUCUACGAAAAAUUGACUCGUUUGAAGACCUUAACGAUAAAAUAAAAUUUAAAGAUAAGGUUGGUAAAAUAAUUAAGUUGUUGCCUAUGGAAAGUUCCACAGAUGACGAAGGUGUAGUAACACCAACACACAGCCGACACACAACACAGAAACCAUAUUGA